AUGUAUGACAUCCGCCAUCAGCGCACGGCCGCUCCAACCCUCACGGCCGCAUGGGUAACUAAAUCCAAGACAACAGCGAAAAGGGUUGGACUAGCACUGCUCAUGGUGUCCGAGCAGCGAAGUCCUGCGCCAAAUGGUGCCACUGUGGCCCGAAUACUGCCUGGCGGCAACGGUCGCAGAACUAUCACUCGCGACUAUCACCGCCUUAUCAACGAGUGCACAGAGAAGCUUCUUUCCAAUCCAAAGCAUACGUUGGCGAUGCGUUUAAGGGCACAGAGCUAUCGGAUGCUUGGGGAGGACGACGCCGCGCUGGCGGACUAUAACAGUUUACUCGCGUUGGAGCCGACGAAUGUGGAUGCCCUCUUCUAUCGUGGGACCAUCCUUGAGCGGCAGCAGCAUAUUGACGAGGCAAUCCAAUGUUACACGGCAGUCCUGCAGCAGGAGCCGCAGCAUCACAAGGCGCUAUACAACCGUGCAGUGUGCUUUAGUGCGAAAGGAAGCUUUUCACAGGCUAUAGAGGACUUCAGCGCCGCCAUCGAGCUAGACCAACAAACCUGUAAGGGGACGAGGCGGCUGCGAGACCAGGACCCCGCUCAGCAGCAGCUGGCCAGCUCGCUGGGUGCAGCAGCUGACGCCGCGGCAGCCGCAGCCCUGCACGCCAGCACCCCACAACCCCAUACCCUCUCCCAACAUGUGCGACAACAGUACGGCGCUGAGGGACACGGGUUAUCCAGCAGAACGUCCUUUUCCGACGUCUCCGGCACGGGUUGGGAACGGCUCAACUCUAACACCGGUUCCGACGCACUUUUCGACGAGGAGGGCCAUACUGAGGGGCUCGCCUGGGGACCAGGUGCUGGCACAGGCACCGGCACGGUGCUCUCGACGGCACGGUCCCAUGCCGGCGCACAGCCAGACCCGCAUGCAGCUACGCCAGAGGCGGGCGCUGCAUCGCUCAGCCCCAAACAGCAUAAACGUGACCUCCACCAUCACCCAGAUCAGCACGGCCGUAGCUAUCGGCAACAGCUGCGACAGCGGCAGCGGUCAUCUGGCCUCGGCGAAGACGCAGGGGCGCACGCUGCGCGGCAGCAGGAGCCAUCUAUUCAUGACUCGUUAGGAUCAUGGCUAGAACCACGGCAGGGCGCUGGAUGCUCGGAAGCGGCCUGGACCCAGGCUGCGGACGCUUCCAAACAUCACGGCAGCGCUGCAACAUCAUCAGCGGCUCCUCUGCCGCCGCCCUCGGAAGGCCCUGCAUCGGCGCGGCUGCUCGCCACCCUGCAAGGCACCAGGGCGCUGCACUUGCACCAGCAGGCGCAGCGACAGGAGCAACAGCAACAGCAGCAGGCAGAGGAUGAGUUUGUGCUUGAGCAGCUGCGAAACAUGUUUGUAGCGGCUCAGCAGCACGAGCAGCAAUCCACGCUGAGCAGACAAGGGAGCCAACCAUUGCAACAGCAGCAAGAACAGCAGCAACAGGCCCAACACGCAGCGGUAGAGAAUGGUACGCGAGCGGUUCCUAACGGUGUCCUUCGUGAGGUUCAGGGCCAGGGCUUCAGCAACAACGGUCGUUCACAGACGCCCAAGGGACGGGUGGCAGCCGCUGCGCACCGUGCAGGGCCGGCGGCAGCUCCACAUGGCCAGGCGCAGCAGGCACGACUGCACCACCACUCCCGACCGCCGGGCCCAGGGCCCAUGCGGGCAGUGCACCCACACGUGCAGGCGCAUCGGCAUGUGCAGAUGCCGGGCCGCAGCGGCGCCCAAUCCACUCCCGGCUCCACUCCGCCGGGUCUAGCAAGGGAGCUGCGGUCACCCAGCCCUUUUGAGCGUUUUGUGCAGGACGACCGCAGCCCCGGCGUUGGAGCUGCGGCCGCCGCGUCGGGACAAGCACGCAAUCCAGGCAGCCAAAGUUGGGGCGGUGGCAGUGACCGUCACAGCGGUGCGGCACCCACGGCGCUGCCGCCGCACUUACGCCCGCCCCCGAGCAUGCUGCCGCAUCAGCUACAAUACCAGCAACAACAACAGCAGCUGCUGCAGGCGCACCAGGCGGCAACGGCGGUCCGCAUGUCCUCGGCGGCACAGCAGCAGCAAAAUCAGCAGCAGCAGCACGCAGUGAAUUUGCGGGGGACGCGGGCCCCACGGAGCGACGGAGGGGGGGGUCAUCAGGACGCGCUGGCGGAGGAGCAACAACCGCCCCAGGGUAACGGUUACCACCCAGAGCUCGUCCAUCGGCUGCAGAACGGAGCCCAUCGCGACUCAUUGCAAGUCAAGGGCACGGCUGCUUCUCCGUCGUCUGCUCUGGUGGCAUACGGGAGCAGCGAGGUGGGUGACGGCUUGGCGGCUAUGGUCGCCGCCGCCAGACGCAGCGGCGGUGGCGACGCCGGCAGUGGUGCGCCGGAGUCGACUGGGCCGGCAAGUAACGACGGCGCGUGCUCACUGGAUCCGUGGUCCAUGGGCGGCCAUGGCGGCAUGGUGGCGGCAGUGGAGAUGUCCCGCCCGUCGACGUCCUCCAGCGCAGCGUCGGACGCAACCGACCAGAGCAGCAGGCAUAAGGCGAUUGAGCAGUACAACUUGCGCGCCUUUGCACUACGUCAACAGGGCAAGUUGGUGGAGGCAGUGCGGGAAUACACGCGCGCGUUGGAGCUGGAUUCCAACCACUUUAAAACGCUCUUCAACCGGGGCUUCACGUAUGAUAGGGGGCAUGGAUGGCUUUCACGCCUUCCCCCGUUGGGGGAGCUGGAAGCGGCGGUGGAGGACUACACGGCGGCGCUACAAGUAGACCCGCAGAGCUCGUAUGCGCACUACAAUCGCGGCAUCACGAGAGACCGCCUGCAGGAUUUUGCCGGAGCCGUGGCUGACUUCACCGCUGCAAUAUGCUUGGAGCCCAACAGUGCGGACUUCUAUCACAACAGGGGCUUUGCGCUCAGGAAACAGGGUAUGUUUGAGGCGGCCGUCCAGGAUUACACCAUGGCCAUCAAGCUCAACCCCAACCACUGCCGGGCCUAUUACAAUCGGGCCUUCUGCCACGACCGACUUAACCACGUGCAGCAGGCUAUUGACGACUACACCAAGGCGCUGGAGAUGGAGCCCAACAACGCAACGGCGCUGCUCAACAGGGGCAGCCUGCACGAGCGGAACGGCAGGUCAGAUAUGGCCCUCCAGGAUUUUGAUCGCGCCAUCAUGGGUGAUCCCAACUGCGCACAGUCGUACAACGCCCGUGGCGUGCUCUUGCAGCACCUCGGUCGGCUGGAGGAGGCGCAGUCGGAUCUGGACAUGGCGGUAGUGCUCAUGCAGCCCCCCAGCGCCUUGCUGUUCCGGAACCGAGCGCAAGACCUGACUCGCGCCAUUUCCUUGGAUCCAGGGGACCUUCUCAGCUAUAGCCGCCGGGCGCACUGCUUUCGCCGAAUGGGCGAGUACGAGAGCGCUAUUCGGGACUACACAAGGGCGAUCACACUUUCGCCUAACAAUCCCAAGCUGCACACCAUCCGCGCCUACUGCUAUGCCAUGAUUGAAUGGUACAAUGAGGCGGUGAUGGACUACGAUAUCGUUAUCUCCUUGGAACCUGGCAAUGCGCACGCCAGUUACAAUCGAUCCAUCGCACUGGAAAAACUGGGAGGCGGCGGCGGCGCCGCCGCCGCAGUCGCCCCAUCCGACCGCUUACGACAGUCGGUCACCGCCGCCGCCGCUGUCCACGUGAGCAACGGCCGCGGCCACGGCCACGGAGCCGUGAUGGGCGCCGAGCAGGCCGUAGAGUCGUACGAGUUUGCUGCCAGCACCGGCGGAGCCACAUCUGCGGGAUUGGGUAAUGCCGGGAUAGUGGCGACUGUGGCAACGGCUGCUACAGCGCCCGGCAGUAGCGGCGGUGGAGUGCAGUGGUCGGGUCAGGGUUUUCCGCUGCCCAGGCAAGCCUGGGCGUCAAUGGAUGGCCGCUAUAGCCUCCAGCAGCAGCAGCAACAGCAAGCAGGGCCCUCGGGUGCUCCGGUAGCCCGCUCGAGUACGGGUAGCGCAGGUCCACUCCGUGGCCCAAGCCCGAUGCGGAGCGGCGCAACGGCAAGGCAAGAUAACGUUGCCAUGCGUACUUUGUCAAGUUUCGCUAGCGCCCCGACGGCUGUUAAGUGCGCGUGUGUGGGUGGGCCUAGCGGCCCACGCAAAUCUGUACAGAAAGGCUUUUGGCUCUUGCCCAAUCGCAUUCCCUACAGCCUUGCUAGGUUGACCUAA